AUGGUGAAAGCGGCGAUCACAUUUGGUGUCGCUUGUUCGGUGUUCGUCGUUGUGGCAUGCUUGUGGGCGGGAGCGAUCAUCUACAAGGAUAUCAAUGACAUGUAUGACGAUAUCAUGCGCGAUAUGGGACAAUUCAGAGGAAUCUCCGAGGACACUUGGGCCGAUAUUCUCGUUAUGCAACGUGGAAAGAACCCGAAUUUGUUGAGAGACUAUGCCGAGGAGGUCUUUGGAAGGAACAAGAGAAGCGCACAGCAAUGCCGCUGCGGAGUUCAACGAGCUGGCUGCCCAGCUGGCCCACCUGGACCUCCAGGUUUGCCUGGAAACCCUGGAGAGGUUGCACCUGAUGGAGAUGUUGGACAUCCCGGAGAACCAGCUCUUAUCCCACCACAUCCCGAGUUUGAGCAACGAGGCUGCAUUGAGUGCCCCGAGGGACCACCCGGAGAGCCUGGACUCCAGGGAUUGGAGGGAUUGGCCGGAGCACCCGGAGAGCCCGGAAAGCAAGGACCUGCCGGACAAGAUGGAGAAGAUGGACCACAAGGAACGAUUGGAGACCAAGGAGAGCCUGGAUUCGAUGGACAGAAUGGACCCGAUGGAACUCCGGGACAAGAUGCUGUCACUGGUAAAGGAGCACCUGGAUUGCCAGGACGUCCCGGACUCACUGGAUGCAUUGGAGAGCCAGGACGAGCUGGAGACAAUGGACCCGAUGGAGAGCAAGGACCAUUCGGACCACAAGGAUUCGCUGGAAAAGAUGGAUUACCUGGACACGAUGGACCACGAGGACAUCAAGGUCUCUUGGGAGCUCCUGGUAAAGAUGGAGAGUAUUGUGAUUGCCCUGAGGGAUCGCAUGCCACCCAAAAACACCGUCAUCGUCGUCGUCGUUUC